UCCAUGCCUUCCUCCCCUACUCCAACCCCACCUUCACACGCAUACUAUAAGGUCACUUUCAUUCCCCUCAUUAGUCAAAAUCCGUAGUAUCUUCCAUUCUUGAUAACUCCAAAAAUCCUUGAGCUUCACCCUCCUACAUAUAUUGUUAACCUAUUUGCACAACAUUCAUUUGAACUCCCCAGACAAACAUUAUCUCUUCAACCCACCAAAUCCCAUCGAAUUUUGGGUUUUCUUGACACCCCCAUCUCUUUAAGUAGAAAUCAAUCCGAAUUCCAUUUGCAAAAACUCAGAUUCAGCAAAUACCCAUGAAGGAGAGAGGGAAAUCUGUCGAAUCAGACCAAGAGUACAACAAUUUCUGCUCAGAUUACAACUUCUACUACUCGUCAUCAUCAGGUGUUCCAUGUAAGAAACACCCAUCUUCAUCCCCAGUUGGAAUCUGUGCUUACUGCCUCAAAGACAGACUGAUGAAGCUCGUAUGCUCCGACUGUGGAGAACAGAGGCUUUCUUCAUGUUCUUGCUCCGAUGUAUCUUCGUAUAGGAACUCGUCUUGCACUGUGGAUGUCGGAAGUAUUGGUAGGAUCUCGUUUUUGAUCGAGAAUGAGAAAGGUGGUAGCGGCGAUGAACAGAAAACGCUUUUCUCACACAUGAAGCAGACGAAGAAAAGAGAAACAGAGGAUGUGAUUCUUCUGAAAAGAAGCAAUAGUUGUGUUGUUGAGGUGAAGAAAAGCAAUGGGUUUUGGAGAAUUGGUAAACUUUUUAAGAAGAAGAAGAGAGAGAAAGAUGGGUUUGAUGAGAAAAGUGAGAUAUGGGUGACUGAUUGUGCCAUGGAUGUAUCUAGAUCUAGGUCUCUUUGUAGUUUCAGAGGUGGUAAUUUUGAUCAUGAAGGUGGUAGUGUUAGUGAUAUGGCAUAUUCAAGUGCAAAAAUUUCUGAUUUCAAUGAAUCUGAGCCUCGAAAGAGUGGAUUUAGAGGUGGUUUCAUGGAUUUCGAAAGUGGGUUUUCUGCAAAAGAAAGCGAAUUCAGUAGAAUUCAUGACGAUUCAGGGUUUAUCGAUUUGAAGCUUGAUCUAUCAGAUAAGUCUAAAACAGAGCAUUCUGUUUUCAAGAACCCCUCAGACGGCAGCGGCGGUGGUGGUGGGUGCGGCGGCGGAGGUGGUGUAUCAUCAUCAUGUAGGAUUACAGUGAAUGAUAGGGGGAUUAAGAAGGGAAGCAAAGGGCAUAGCAAGGUAUGGAAGUGGAUUUUUAAGCAACAUUCUGGGAAAAAAGAUUUGAAUCACAUCUUGGAAUCUUGAAUUGAAAUGAUCCAAAAGUCAAAAGUCAAAGGAUUCAUGUCCUUAAUUAGUGUUCUAGAGAUUAGAUGGUUGUGUUAGUGUUCAAUGUUGAUGUAAUUCCUUCUUCUUCAACUCAAUUAUUAGUGAAAAUGAUAUAUCAUAAGUUCAGCAUUA